AUGGACGGAAACCUUUGCAACAUCCAGGUGCUGCUUCGGGCUGCAGAGUUUUUGGAGAGAAGAGAGAGAGAAGCAGAACAUGGCUAUGCUUCAGUCCUGCCCGUCAGCCCAGGUCUCUCUGAUAAGAGAAGCAAACAGAAGAACAAAAAGAUAUCUGCUGGUGGUAAUAGGUCGGUUCAUAACGAACUGGAAAAGAACAGACGAGCUCAGCUAAGAUAUUUUUUAGAGGAGCUAAAAAAGGAAGUUCCAUUCUCCACUGAUUCAGUGAGGAACACCACCUUAAAUCUCCUGAGGCGGGCACAGAACCAUAUAAAGAAGUUGCAGGAGCAGGAUGAGCGGGCUGAGCAGCUGAAAGGCCGUUUGCGCUGGCAGCAACGGGAGCUGAGGAUUCGACUGGAGCAGCUUCAGCGGACCGAGAGAAUGAGGAAUGACAGCCAGGGUUCCACCAUGUCCUCAGAACGGUCCGACUCCGACAGAGAGGAUGUGGAAGUUGACGUGGAAAGUAUUGUGUUUGAUUGUGUGGACUCUGAAGAACUGCACAUACCGCACAAUGACGCAGACCAUUGUUACUCAAGCUUGGACAAGGCUUGGCUAUGA